AAUGUCUGAUGCUGCCAUGUAUUUGAGUCGUCCUGUAGUCCGUCCGACUCCAGUUGUGAGUCUAUAGAUACUCUACCAACCUCAGCUUGUAGGUUUAGAAGUAGGUUAGAACAGAGAAAUUCUCCCGGGAGACCAAACCCACGCAUGAUGGGUUACUGGCUUCGCUCAAAGCAAAGAUCACAUUUCCCUACAAAAAGAGGCCACUUUGUUUCUUAUUACUCUAUUGAAAUUAUUUGACUACAUUUAAAAUGUUGCAUUGCAUGACGAUAGGUCCGAGCCCGCCGCCCCCUGCGCCUCAGAGCUGCUAGAUCCUGCACAGAUCCGCUAUGGCUGCAGGAAAAAAAGGAAAGCUUUGACAACAUGGCGCACUUUCCUGGAGGAGAAAGUUUCUUCUAAACUCUAGACAACCGCAAUCCGGGAUUUUUUUUCUGUCGUUCGUCGCAGCGCAGAGCUCAACGUGCAGCCGUGGGAGGAAUUGGCCUCGUUUGGAGAUGUAACGAGUCCUUCAUGGACAGUUUCUGAUCCUCGACAAACUUUGAAGGGAUGAGAGCGACCCGCUGCUCAAGCCACAGCUUUCACACAGGAUGGAGAAGCAAGCGACACUCAGAGAAAAGCUCUCGAUCUUGGGAGGCUCCCGGACUUCUGGGCGGUUCGCCCGGACCGCGGCAGGGAGCGAGGGUGGCGGACGUGGGCUCAGCAAAGCCGGGUUCAUGGAGAAGGUGCAGCGGAGCAACGAGGCGUGUCAGCGCGGCGACUUCCAGGCCGCCGUGGGGCUGUACGGCGAGGCCCUGCUGGCGGACCCGCAGAACUGCAUCCUGUACAGCAACCGCUCGGCCGCCCUGCUGAAGCUGGGCCAGCACCACGCCGCGCUGGAGGACGCCGAGAAGGCCUGCCUGCUGAACCCCAAGUGGCCCAAGGCAUACUUCCGACAGGGUGUUGCCCUUCAGUACCUUGGUCGCCAUGCCGACGCUCUGGCGGCCUUCGCCUCGGGCCUCGCCCAGGACCCCAAGAGCCUGCAGCUGCUGGUGGGCAUGGUGGAGGCGGCCAUGAAGUCCCCGCUACGAGAGUCUCUGGAGCCCACCUAUCAGCAGCUGCAGAAGAUGAAGCUGGACAAGAGCCCCUUUGUGGUGGUGUCGGUGAUCGGCCAGGAGCUGCUGACGGCUGGCCACCACACGGCCUCGGCGGUGGUGCUGGAGGCCGCCCUGAAGAUCGGCACCUGCAGCCUGAAGCUGCGCGGCUCGGUGUUCUCCGCCCUCAGCAGCGCCCACUGGUCGCUGGGCAACACGGAGAAGAGCACGGGCUUCAUGACGCAGGACCUGGAGGUGGCCAAGACCUUAGGUGACCAAACGGGGGAAUGUCGCGCCCACGGGAACCUGGGCUCGGCAUUCUUCUCGAAGGGCAACUACCGCGAGGCGCUGACCAACCACCGCAACCAGCUGGUCCUCGCCAUGAAGCUCAAGGACAGAGAGGCCGCCUCCAUGGCACUCAGCAGCCUGGGCCACGUGUACACGGCCAUCGGCGACUACCCCAACGCGCUGGCCAGCCACAAGCAGUGCGUGCUGCUGGCCAAACAGUCCAAGGACCAGCUGUCGGAGGCCCGUGAGCUGGGCAACAUGGGAGCCGUCUACAUCGCCAUGGGGGACUUUGACAACGCCGUCCAGAGCCACGAGCAGCACCUGGGCAUCGCCAAGACCCUGGAGAACAAGCGCGAGGAGGCCCGAGCCUACAGCAACCUGGGCAGCGCCUACCACUACCACCGGAACUUUGACAAGGCCAUGUCCUACCACACGCACGUGCUGGAGCUGGCUCAGGAGCUGGCGGAGCAGUCCAUCGAGAUGAGGGCCUACGCGGGGCUGGGCCACGCCGCCCGUUGCAUGCAGGACCUGGAGCGCGCCAAGCAGUACCACGAGCAGCAGCUCUCCAUCGCCGAGAGCCUGAAGGACCGGGCGGCUGAGGGGAGGGCCUCCUCCAACCUGGGCAUCAUCCACCAGAUGAAGGGCGACUACGAGACGGCCCUGAAGCUCCACAAGACCCACCUGGCCAUCGUGCAGGAGCUCAACGACUACGCCGCCCAGGGCCGGGCCUACGGCAACAUGGGCAACGCCUACAACGCGCUGGGGGCCUUCGACCAGGCCGUGCGCUACCACCGGCAGGAGCUGCAGAUCUCCAUGGAGGUCAACGACCGGGCGUCCCAGGCCUCCACGCACGGCAACCUGGCCGUGGCCUACCAGGCGCUGGGGGCCCACGACCGCGCCCUGCAGCACUACCAGAACCACCUCAACAUCGCCCGCGAGCUCCGGGACGUCCAGAGCGAAGCCCGCGCCCUGGGGAACCUGGGGAACUUCCACUGCUCCCGCGGGGAGUUCCCCCAGGCCGUGCCCUACUACGAGCAGUACCUGCGGCUGUCCCCGGACCUGCAGGACAUGGAGAGCGAGGGGAAGGUCUGCCACAACCUGGGGUACGCCCACUACUGCCUGGGGAGCUACCAGGACGCGGUGAAGUACUAUGAGCAGGACCUGGCUCUGGCCAAGGACCUCCAUGACAAACUGAGCCAGGCCAAGGCGUACUGUAACCUGGGGCUGGCGUUCAAGGCCCUGGGGGACUUUGCCAAGGCGGAGGAGUGUCAGAAGUACCUGCUAUCUCUGGCCCAGUCGCUGAACAAUGCACAGGCCCGCUUCAGAGCCCUGGGGAACCUGGGGGACAUUUUUGUGUGCAAGAAGGACGUGACCGGAGCCAUUCAGUUCUACGAGCAGCAGCUGGCCUUAGCUCACCAGGUGAAGGACCGCCGGAUGGAGGCGUGCGCCUACGCCGCACUGGGCGCCACCUACCGGCUGGUGCACAAGUACGACAAGGCCCUGGGCUACCACACCCAGGAGCUGGAGGUGUACCAGGAGCUGGGCGACCUGCCCGGGGAGUGCAAGGCCCACGGCCACCUGGCCGCCGUGUACAUGGCGCUGGGGAAGUACGCCAUCGCCUUCAAGAGCUACGAGGAGCAGCUGGAGCUGGGCCGCCGGCUGAAGGACCCGGCGGUGGAGGCGCAGGUCUACGGCAACAUGGGCAUCACCAAGAUGAACGUGGGCGUGAUGGAGGAGGCCAUCGGCUACCUGGAGCAGCAGCUGGCCACGCUGCAGCAGCUCAGCGGCAACGAGGCCAUGCUGGACCGGGGCCGGGCCUACGGGAACCUGGGCGACUGCUACGAGGCCCUGGGCGACUUCGAGGAGGCCAUCAAGUACUACGACCAGUACCUGUCAGUGGCCCAGAGCCUGAACCGCAUGCAGGACCAGGAGAAGGCGUACCGGGGGCUGGGCAACGGACACAGGGCCAUGGGGAACCUGCAGCAGUCGCUGGUGUGCUUCGAGAAGCGCCUGGUGGUGGCCCACGAGCUGGGCGAGUGCGGCGGCAAGGCGCAGGCGUACGGCGAGCUGGGCGCCCUCCACAGCCAGCUGGGCAACUACGAGCAGGCCAUCUCCUGCCUGGAGCGCCAGCUGGCCAUCGCCCGCGACACCCAGGACCGCGCGCUGGAGGGAGACGCCAGCUGCGGCCUGGGCACCGUGUACCAGUCCAUGGGCGAGUACGAGACGGCGCUGCGCUGCCACCAGAGCGACCUGGAGAUCGCCGAGGAGACGGGCAACCCCGCCCGGCAGGGGCGCGCCUACGGCAACCUGGGCCUCACCUACGAGUCGCUGGGCAACUAUGAGCGGGCGGUGGUGUUCCAGGAGCAGCACCUGAGCGUGGCGGCGCAGACCAACGACCUGGCGGCAAAGACGCUGGCCUACGGCAGCCUGGGGAGGACACACCACGCGCUGCAGAACUACUCGCAGGCCGUCAUGUACCUGCAGGAAGGCCUGAGGCUGGCGGAGCAGCUGGCCCGGCGUGAGGACGAGGCGAAGAUCCGCCAUCGUCUGGGGCUGUCACUCUGGGCCAGUGGGAACCUGGAGGAGGCCCAGCACCAGCUCUACCGCGCCUCCGCCCUGUUCGAGACGAUACGGCACGAGGCGCAGCACAGCACCGACUACAAGCUCUCUCUGUUUGACCUGCAAACAUCCUGCUACCAGGCGCUCCAGAGGGUCCUCGUCAGCCUGGGACACCACGACGAGGCCCUGGCGGUGGCCGAGCGAGGGCGGACGCGUGCCUUCGCCGACCUGCUGGUGGAGCGGCAGACGGGCCAGCAGGACUCGGACCCGUACACGCCCGUCACCGUGGAGCACAUCCUGGACACGGUCAACAGCCAGCGCGCCCUGGUGCUCUACUUCUCCAUGGCCGCCGGCUACCUGUACAGCUGGCUGCUGGCCCCCGGAGCAGGGAUCCUCAAGUUCCACGAGGUGUACCUGGGCGAGGGCUUGACGGAAGGCGGGUCCGAGUUCCAGGAGGGCGGGACCGGGGGCGUGGCCCUGGGCUCCUCAUUGGAGCAGCACAUCGCCAGCGCGCGCGAGGCCCUGGGGGUGGAGUCCUACUACAGCCGAGGAUGCUCCAGCAGUGAGACGGAGAGCGAGGCGGGGGAUUUGCUGGACCAGCAGUUUGAGGAGCUGAACAACAAGCUGAACUCCGUCACCGAUCCCACCGGCUUCCUGAGGAUGGUGUCCAGGAACAACCUGUUCAACAGGAGCUGCCAGAGUAUGACCAGCCUGUUCAGCAACACCAUGUCCCCCGCCAAGGACGGCUCCUCCUCCCUCUCUCGGCGCUCCAGCAACCUGGGCAAGCCCCCACUGCGGGCCCUCUACGACCUGCUCAUCGCACCGAUGGAAGGGGGUCUGAUGCACUCGAGCGGGCCGGUCGGCCGACACCGGCAGCUGGUGAUGGUGCUGGAGGGGGAGCUGUACCUCAUCCCCUUCGCCUUGCUCAAGGGCAGCUCCUCCAACGAGUACCUGUACGAGCGCUUCAGCCUCAUCGCCGUGCCCUCCAUCCACGGCCUCGGAGCCAGCUCCAAGACUCACCCUCGCCGGGCCGGUGCCGCUCCGUGCGGGGGCGUCUCCAUGGCGGCGGUGGUGGGUAACCCGCGGCUGCCCUCGCCCGUGAUGGACCGCUGGCUGUGGGGGCCCAUGCCCUCGGCGGAGGAGGAGGCCCUGAUGGUGGCCGAGCUGCUGGGCUGCCAGCCGCUGGCCGGCGCCGCCGCCACCAAGGAGCGGGUGAUGAGCGCCCUGGGCCAGGCCGAGUGCGCCCACUUCGCCACCCACAUCUCCUGGAAGCUGGCCGCCCUGGUGCUCACCCCCAACCCCGAGAGCGGGCCGUCGGGCGUGGGCGGCGUGGGGGGAGUGGGGACGCCCGGGGGGAGGGGCGGCGGCGGCGGCGGGAGGCGGGGCAGCGGCGGCCGGGGGAGGAAGGGUUCGUUCGGGAGCAGCUACACCAUCCCCGAGUCGCUGCACAUGCAGGACGACGGCAGCGACGUGGAGAGCCUCUGCGACAGCCCGCCGCUGCAGGAGUUCCUGCUGACCGCCGCCGACAUCCUGGACCUGAGGCUGCCCGUCAAGCUGGUGGUGCUCGGGUCGUACCAGGAGUCCAGCAGCAAGGUGACCGCCGACGGCGUGGUGGGGUUGACCCGGGCCUUCCUGGCGGCGGGGGCGCAGUGCGUCCUGGUGUCCUUGUGGCCCGUGCCCACGGCCGCCUCCAAGGUCUUUGUCCACGCCUUCUACACCGCCCUGCUCAACGGGACAAAGGCCAGCGCCGCGCUGGCCGAUGCCAUGAAGAGCGUCCAGAACAGCAAGCAGUACUCGCACCCGUCCAACUGGGCAGGCUACAUGCUGAUCGGUAACGACGUGAAGCUGAACAGCCCCUCGUCGCUGAUUGGCCAGGCUCUGGCCGAUAUCCUGCAGUAUCCUCAACAAGCGCGGGACGCACUGCGAGUGUUGCUUCACCUGGUGGAGAAGUCCCUCCAGAGGAUCCAGAACGGCCAGCGUAACUCCAUGUACACGUCCCAGCAGAGCGUGGAGAACAAGGUGUGCGGCGUGCCGGGCUGGCAGGCCCUGCUCACCGCCGUGGGCUUCCGCCUGGACUCGGCCGGCCCGGGGAUCCCCGCCGCCGUCUUCUUCCCCACCGCCGACCCCGGCGACCGGCUCCAACAGUGCAGCACCACCCUGCAGUCUCUGCUCGGUCUCCCCCCCCCUGCUCUCCAGGCUUUGUGCAAACUCAUCACCGCCUCGGAGGCCGGAGAACAGCUCAUCAACCGCGCUGUUAAAAAUAUGGUGGGAAUGCUUCACCAGGUGCUAGUCCAGCUCCAGACCGGGGAGAAGGAGCAGGACUUCUCCUUGCUUCCCAUUCAGGUGUCCAUCAGCGUUCAGCUCUGGAGGCUGCCAGGAUGCCAUGAGUUCCUCGCCGCCCUGGGCUUCGACCUGUGUGAGGUGGGCCAGGAGGAGGUGGUGCUCAAAACAGGCAAACUAGCCAAUCGUCGCACCUUGCACUUUGCCCUCCAGUCUCUGCUCGCACUCUUUGACUCGACAGAACUGCCCAAGCGCCUGAGCCUGGACAGCUCCUCUUCCCUGGAGUCCCUGGCGUCCGCCCAGUCCGUCUCCAACCCCCUGCCCAUGGGCUACCCCAGCCUGCCCUUCUCCCCCCCGUGCCUGGACAAUCUGGCCUCGGACGCCAUCUCCGUCUACAGCCUGAGCUCCGUGGCCUCCACCAUGAGCUUCGCCUCCAAGUCGGACUGCGACUUCCUGAGCCACCGGCAGCGCGGCGGCGUCGCGGCGCACUACGCCGUCCACAAACACCCCCACGUGCCACGCAGCCGCUCGUCCCCCCACGGGGCCGCCACCGCCGCGGGGGCCGCCGGGCGCGGCGAGGAGGAGGAGUACGAGGGCUUCUCCAUCAUCAGCAGCGAGCCCCUGGGGAGCCAGUGCGACUCCCUGCCCCUCCCCCCGGGGCACGGCCAGCGCCACCACCACCGCGGCGGGCGGGGGGUGGCGUGCGGGCCGGGCCCCGCCGCGGGGAGAGGCUACGCCGUGUCCGUGUCCUCCAGGGGCAGCGUCAGCACGCCCACCUCGCCCGUGAAGACCUGCCUGGCGCCCGGGCCCAACUCGCCCUUCCAGAAGGUGGGCAAGGUGAGCAGCUCGGACACGGGCGAGUCGGACCAGUCCAGCACGGAGACGGACAGCACGGUCAAGUCCCAGGAGGAGAAGACCGUCCCCCUGGACCCCCAGGAGCUGGCCCAGAAGAUCCUGGAGGAGACCCAGAGCCACCUGCGGGCGGUGGGCAGCCUGCAGCGGGCCGGGGCGGAGGCGGCGGGCGCGGCGGGGAACGCCUCGGCGCGGAGCAGCGCCUUCCGCUCGUCGGAGAGCAGCGCCUUCAGCCGGCCCGGCAGCAGCGCGAGCGGCCGGGCGCAGUCGUCCCCGCGGCCCAAACCCCCGUCCCGCUCGUCCUCCCUGCAGAAGAUCAGCUCGGGGUACAACAGCCCCGCGGCCUCCGAGUCCUCCCAGCGGGACGGCAGCCACCCCUCGCCCUCCCUGGACAGCCACGCCGCCUUCAAGCUGAAGUACCCCAGCUCCCCGUACAGCGGCCACAUCUCCCGCUCCCCGAGCAACGUGUCCCCCAGCUCGGGCCACCAGUCGCCGGCCGGCAGCGCCCCGUCCCCCGCGCUGUCCUACUCCUCCACCGGCUCGGCCUGCUCCACCUCGACCAACGACGCCGCCCCCGACCUGGACCGCCUCAGGAGGGGGGUCAUCGACGAGAAGGUCCAAGCCAUCCACAAUCUCAAGACCUUCUGGGCCAACGCGGCGGCGGCGCAGCAGCAUCAUCAGCAGCAGCAGCAGCAGCAGCACCACCAACACCACCACCACCACCACCACCACCACCUGGGGCCCGUGAAGGGCGUGCACGGGGCCCCGGGAGUGCUGGGGUCCAACAACAGAGACGUGUUGAGCCUCCUCAACCUCUCGCCGCGCCGCUGCUCCCCGAGCGACGGCCAGGACAGCCUGGAGCUGCGGGAGCUGGGGCUGCAGUCGCUGGACAGGGCCGGCAAGAACUCGUCCAACGGACACCGGAAAGUGUCGCCCUCGCCCACCAUCUCCACCAGCAGCAGUCCUGGUGCGCGCUCCAUCCAACUCCCUUCCGGCAACGGGUACAAGUUCCUGUCACCGGGCCGAUUCUUCCCUUCCUCUAAAUGCUGAGACACUUUAAAUGGCCCUAUACUUUUACAAGGUAUUUACGACAGUGUGGAGGAGGAUGGAGGAAUUUCGAGGCUCCGCUGUCGGUCUACCCAACUCGGUCCGCAGUUUAAAAAAAAAGCAUUUGAUUGGUCGGUCAAUGAGUGUGAUCCCCAGAGGCACAUGUAUGCUUUGGAAUGUGUCUUGUCAUUGUGCCCAUAACACUGUAAAAUGGCAAUGAGAAAUACUCAACGACCUGAUACUGUGUUUGUGUGUAACUGUGUGUCAGGUAGAUGUAAAUGCCAAUCCUCCAAAAACCUUGCUGUCUGUAUGGGCCAAGAUGCAGCAGCUCUUAACUGUUUUACUUCAUUCUGUUUUGGUUUUGUUUUGAACUAUUAUGGUUAUGGUUAUUGUUUGUUAUUGUUAUUAAUAUUAUAAUUAUUAUGUUUUGUAAAUUAAUUCCAGUGUUUCACAAUCAGUAUUACACGUUUUAUAUUAUUAAAAAAGUGAAGAAAUCUGUACCAUGUAAAGAUGAAAGAGUGAAAAAAAGAUUUAAUAUUUUUUAUUGAAAUCAAAAAGGCAUUUUGCCUGAUUUCUUUGUGAAUUGAGUGUCUGCUCCGAAGCAUGCAUUCUCUUGCUAUUCAAUGUUAAUUACCAUGUAUGACUUUUUAGCCCAUGAUUUUUUUUAGAUUGAACGUGGAAUUUCCAUGACAACCAUCUGUCAUUUAUCAGUAAAUGGUUUAAAUAAAAAAGAAAUCAUGUUUGCUUUC